CUGCCCGAGUCGGACGCUCACCCGGGAGCUGGCCACGGCAUUCCGCAACGUGCAAGGUCCGGGACCGCGGGCGGUUCCUGCGCUGCGGGUGGAGCGCGACACCCCUAUCCCGGUGGCUUUUCGCAGUCUCCCCGGCCAGUAAAAACUCGGCGAUGGAAUCUUGUUAGUUAAUACCAGGGGAUCCAUCAAUCGGGCUGGUCCUGCUCAGUCAGACCUUCUACAUACUGCAGGGACCUGGACAUACCUGGUGUGUGAUGAUGGAGGAUGGUGAAGUACAAUGUGUACCUCAAGAUUUACUACAAUGCCUGGGUCUCUUCCAGUGAAUGCUAAAUCCUGUUGGCCCAAAGAUGUGGGAAUUGUUGCACUGGAAAUAUAUUUUCCCUCUCAGUACGUUGACCAGACAGAGCUGGAGAAGUAUGAUGGUGUGAAUGCUGGCAAAUACACCAUUGGGUUAGGCCAGUCAAAGAUGGGAUUCUGCUCUGACCGGGAGGAUAUUAAUUCUCUCUGUUUGACUGUGGUUCAGAAGCUCAUGGAGAGGAACAGCCUUUCCUAUGAUUGUAUCGGGAGAUUAGAAGUUGGAACAGAGACAAUAAUUGAUAAAUCAAAAUCUGUAAAGACUGUCCUGAUGCAACUUUUUGAAGAAUCUGGUAAUACGGAUGUAGAAGGAAUUGACACCACCAAUGCAUGCUAUGGAGGCACCGCUGCCCUUUUUAAUGCUAUUAAUUGGAUUGAAUCCAGUUCAUGGGAUGGGCGCUAUGCACUUGUUGUUGCUGGAGACAUAGCUGUGUAUGCCACUGGAAAUGCCAGGCCAACAGGUGGAGCUGGUGCCGUUGCUAUGCUAGUUGGUCCAAAUGCUCCAUUAAUUUUUGAGAGAGGGUUGCGUGGAACCCACAUGCAGCAUGUGUAUGACUUCUAUAAACCAGAUAUGGUUUCUGAAUAUCCUGUAGUUGAUGGUAAACUAUCUAUACAGUGCUACCUCAGUGCAUUAGAUCGCUGCUAUACUGUCUAUCGCAACAAAAUCCAUGCACAGUGGCAAAAGGAGGGGAUAGACAGACAUUUCACCUUGAAUGACUUUGGAUUCAUGAUCUUUCAUUCUCCCUACUGUAAACUGGUACAGAAAUCUGUGGCUAGACUACUGCUGAAUGACUUUCUUGGUGACCAGAACCUAGAAACAGCAAAUGGUGUUUUCAGUGGUUUGGAAGCUUUCAGGGAUGUAAAACUUGAAGAUACAUAUUUUGACAGAGAUGUGGAAAAAGCCUUUAUGAAAGCCAGUGCAGAGCUCUUCAAUCAGAAAACCAAAGCUUCACUACUCAUAUCCAAUCAGAAUGGAAAUAUGUAUACUACUUCAGUCUAUGGUUGCCUUGCCUCUCUUCUAGCUCAGUACUCCCCAGAGCAGCUCGCAGGACAGAGAAUUAGUAUGUUCUCAUAUGGCUCUGGUUUUGCUGCUACACUGUAUUCCAUCAGAGUUACACAGGAUGUCACUCCUGGUUCUGCACUGGACAAAAUAACUGCCAGCCUUUCUGAUCUUAAAAUAAGACUUGACUCAAGAAAAUGCAUUGCACCUGAUAUCUUUGCUGAAAACAUGAAAAUUAGACAGGAAGCACAUAAUCUGGCUAACUAUAUUCCACAGUGUUCAGUGGAAAAUCUCUUUGAAGGAACAUGGUACCUUGUGCGUGUUGAUGAAAAACACAGAAGAACUUAUGCACGACGUCCUCUUAUGAUCGAUGGACCUUUAGAGGCAGGAGUUGAAGUUGUCCACCCAGGCAUUGUUCAUGAGAGGAACAUUCAUUACUGGAAUAGAAUCUCUCCUGUCAAAAUGACUGGAUCAAGAAUGGCUAGACUGACAGGUGUGUUUUUUUCCAAGAAACUCUGACCUACUGUGUUAGUUACUAUGUAAUUCUUCCCAACAUCCAUAUUAUCUGUUUUAUACCUGCAUUAUAAAUCACAGCAGCCUGGGAGAAAAGAGGAACAAGAAGGGAGGUAAUCGUUUCUUCUAAAGAACAAAAAGGAUAUAUUUCUUGGGUUCGUUGAUUUGGCACCUUUCAGGAUUGUUUAACUGUAAUAGAAGUAUUUAAGGCAGCAGAAUUUUCAAAUAAAGCUUCUGGAUAUUAUGGAGCUGUUUUAAUUGGCAAACUAAAGAAGGGAGGAAGAUCAGUUUAUCUGGAGCUCUGGCCUCUUGCUAUUCUUUAUAUAAUACAUUUCUAAGAGACUAUUUCUGUCUUUGAAUUUGGCUUGUAUUUUGAAGCAUUGUUGUCUCUGGUUUAAUUGCCCAUCCUGAGUCAAACCGUGAUGCUUUCUCACUACUGGUAAUGUUGUAGGAGUGGGGGUUUCCCCUCCCCCUCCUCCCCAGAUGCAAACUAAAAGCUAUCCAUUUUGCAAGUGGUAGAUAUACAAUGCUAAUGGGGCAUCCAUUCUGGUAGAUUUUUAAAGCUGAUUGGAAAUGAACUGUGACAUGAGCCUUGAAAGUUUGUAAUAUAUAUUUAAAUUGAUCUAAUGUACAAAAUGAAGUUUUGAAUUUUAUUUGUUUGCUAAUUCUACAAAGAUACAUUAUCUAAUAUAAAGUAGCAAAAAAACCUGUUAAAUUACAAUUUUUUGGUGUGUAAUUAAGUGUUUGUAUUAUGUCACUCACUAGGAUUCAAUAACACUGUAUUUGUACAGUCAACCCUUGGUAAAAUAGUUGCUUAUUAUAAGUUCAUGCAUACUAAUCAGUUUGUUCUGCUGAAAAUAAUGGAGCAAUGAUGCAUGAAAUAGUGUUUGCGAGUAGUUUUGUUUAGAUCGUCCUUGUGAAACUUAUCUUGGUACCAGAAAAAAAAUAAUAUUGCCAUGGCAAAAAGUUCCAUUACAAAAGUGGAAAGAAAGGGUUGCUUAGGCUGGUGGGAAACUAUUAUUUCAGGCAUAUGUUUCAAGAUAAAUGUUUUCAGAUGGAAACUGUUUAGAGUGGAGGAAUUGAUUUCCAGCUUAUGAAAUACAAUUCAUCUUAUUACUGUCUUAUGAAAGAUGCUAUUGUUUUAUUUCCUUCUCACAGAAAAUGUGAAAGGGAUUGGUUCUUGCUUUGUACUUACCUGAGCCUCACUGAGUGUGGAUUAAUUGCUGGAGGUGACUUAGAAAUUAAACCUAUAUUCACAUUUUAAGGAAAGGUACAGCAUUCAAGCAGGGUGGAAUGCAGCUAAUGUGCAACAAGUUUGUACCAUGGCAAUUCCCUAGGCAACCCUAGAUGCUGGCAACAUCAGGGGAACUUGGUGUGCUGACUCUAAGAGAAAUUGCAUAGAGGGCAGAGCAGAGUGGAGACACCAUGGCCAUGCUCUGUGAUAACAAAGGGAUCUAAAGGUACACAAUAUACAUAAUAAAAUUGAUAAGCUGCACAUUUGAUGCCCUGGGCCAACAGUCUGUCAACUGUUGAUGAAAUGCUGUCCUCAGAGUGAACUUUGCUCAUUAUAAUCGCAUUAUAAUACCAAAACACACCUCCAUCCCAAAAUUUCCCUGGUGCCCAAGGUGUGACCACCCCUCACUGAGUUUGCGCACUGAAUUUUCUCUAGUCUAUGCCUUUAAACGCAAAGCGAGAGAAUUUUGCACCAACCAUUAUAAAGGUAUGUAUGACUAGAGUCACUCAAGCUCCACCUGUAAAGUAAAAUACUAUAAAAUAGUCUGAGAGGGGGUGGAUGUCAGGGAAGAUACCAUUGCACAGAUGACCCCAUUCCCCUGACCUUUGGGACAAGUCAACAGGCUGAGCCUCUCUUCCCUCCCAUAGGGAUGCCUUUGGGUAAGAUUUGAACACUCGGCUAUCCUGAGUGCAUCCCUGGGAAACUCAGGAAACUCUAUAGAGUUGUUUUAGUUCCACACGCGUGUAAUCCAGCUGUAUCAAUCCAUUUGCAUGUGCUUUGCAGACAGUGAAUUUAUCUCUGGCAAUCUAAAAUAAUUUGUGCAUCUGUUGCUUCAAUAAAUUACACUGUUCAUUAA